AUGGAAAAGAAGAAACAGAGGAGUCGGGGUUGCAGAGGGGCAGAGUUAGGGUUAGCCACCGUACACAUAUUGGACCUUCCAAUUCACUUGCUCUCUGAGAUCAUCGCAAGGCUGCCAGCCUCCUCCGUCAUCCGCUGCGCCUCCGUCUGCACCUCCUUCAGAGCCCUCGUCUCCGAUCCCCGCUUCCGUUCCCUUUAUGUCUCCCGUGCACCCACCUCCUUUCUCCUCCUCUCGCGUAACAGCCGCCUCCUCUGCCUCCACUCGUGGGGCAGCGCCUCCUUCCUCAUCCCUCACUCCUCCUCCUCCCUCGCCUCCUUAAAACCUGCACCCGAUACAAAGCGCAAUCGCAAUCGCAAUCGCGAUCGUAACGUUAGCUGUCCAAGGUCAAAGUCAACGACAAGUUCAAUAUUCAGUGCAGUGGAUUUGAAGAAAGACGUGGAUUUAGUUUUAGUGAACUCGAGCGAGGGGCUGGUGUGCUUGCGUGGCAGUGGGUGUGUUUAUUAUGUGUGCAAUCCUCUGUUGGGGGAGAUUCUGGAGCUUCCUCCUCCUCCCACAACCACAACCUCAUGUAUUGGUUUCUCUUCAUUUGGUUACGAUCCCCACAGCAACCGCUACAAAAUCCUUCAAUUUGCCGCCCAUAGCGUGGCUGAAUUAUACAGUGUGGGGGACAAGGCCUGGACCACAAUUCGGAGUGCUUUUGCCCUUGCGACUCCGAGGCCCAACGCCUCCUUUCACCACUCACUCAACGGUUCUCUUCAUUGGCUCGCUCAACCCACCAAUACCCACCUUUGUCAGUUGAUAUGCUCCUUUGACCUCCACACCAAUGAGUUCAAAUGGGUACCGCCCCCCUCCUACUUCGAUGCCCAGUAUAUCCACAGCCUCUCUGGCAUCACUCUCGGGGUUCUCAAAGGUUGCCUCUGCCUCUGCUUUGUUGUCCCUGGAGCCGCCAGAUUCGAGACGUGGUUCAUGCGAGACUACGGCGUGCAGCGCUCUUGGAGCCUUUCAUUCUACAUUGAUAUCAACUCUUAUUGUGGCUUGAGGAUCCCGGACCUCCACCGACCUAUUGCCUUCGCUGAUAAUGGUGAUAUGUGGCUCAAGGAUGACUCUGCUUCUGAUUCAUACUCUCUAGUUUCAUAUUCCCCACAGACUGGUUCCUUCAAACUCAUUCAUACUCCCAAGAUUUCUGCCUUUGCUAUAGAAUCUGAACAUCCGGCUCACUGCCAAUGGGCACUACUCUGCUACAUGGUAGAUAAUGCCAAAUUUGACGUGGAGUAUCUAAUUAUUGUAGUGUAUAGCUUAAACUUUGGAGCCGUAGACAGUUCUUCUGUGUUCUGUCAAACACUUGAUUUGGUUUUUAAGCACUAG